AUGACUUCAGUUCAAGUGCGAAAAUUAGCUUUUCAAUUUGCCGAGGAAAACAAAAUACAACACAGAUUUAAUCGCGAAACCAAAACAGCAGGAGUUGAUUGGUUUAACGGGUUUAAAGCAGCCAACCGUCUUAGCCUGAGAAACCCAGAAGCCACAUCUGUUGCUCGUCUUAGAGGAUUCAACAAAGUGCAGUUGAAUCUUUUUCUAUCCUUAGAGGUUAAAGAAAAAUAUAAUUUUACUCCUGAUCGCAUCUAUAAUGCCGACGAAUCCGGUCUAUCUACAGUGCCAAUGAAACUACCAAAAAUUUUAACGCCUAAAGGACAACGUCGAGUAGCCAAAAUUGUAUCCGCCGAAAGAGGCCGCACAACCACUUUAGUUUGUUCUAUGAAUGCUGUAGGUUCUUAUGUUCCGCCUUAUUUCGUAUUCGCUCGUCAACGAAUGAAACCUGAACUGUUAAAUGGCUGCCCACCUGGAUCGCAAGCAACGGCACAAAGUUCCGGAUGGAUGACGGCUGAUAGUUUCCUGGCAUAUCUAAAACAUUUUGUUAGAUACGCAAAGCCUUCCGUUGAUGACCCAGUGUUGUUAUUGGUCGACAACCAUAGCUCACACAUUUCACUUCCAGGGAUAAACUUCUGUAGAGAAGAUGGAAUUAUUCUGGUGGGAUUUCCACCUCACACAACGCAUAAAUUACAACCAUUAGAGGUUUCUUUUUUCGGCCCCCUAAAAACCUACUACAAUCAAGUGUGUGAUGCGUUUCUGGUCAAUCAUCCUGGAGUAGUAAUUUCUGACAGAAAUAUCGGUCCGUUAUUUGCCGAAGCUUACUGUAAAGCUGCUACAGUAAGUAAUGCUGUGAAAGGGUUUAAAGCAUGCGGCAUCGAACCAUUUAAUCCCCUAAUUUUCGAUGACAACGAUUUUGCUGCUGCAAGAACGACAGAACGCGAUAAUUCAGAAGAAGACUUUGCAUCACCAUCACCAAGAAAGAGAAAAUCCACAACCACUCCUUUAACCAUUGACAUACAGUCAGAUUCUGAUGAAGACUUUCCUUUAUCUAUCCUGUAA